AUGUCGCGCACACAGCAGGUCGAGCAUACCGACUCCAUCAGCAGCCAGGACCCCAGCCGCGACGAGCCGAAGAAGACCAAGAGCAGGAGGCCGCCGAAUACUGCAUUCAGGCAGCAGCGCUUGAAGGCAUGGCAGCCCAUCUUAACGCCGAAGACCGUUCUGCCUCUCUUCUUCAUCGUCGGAGUUAUCUUCGCCCCCAUCGGCGGGUUGCUUCUCUAUGCUAGCGCGCAGGUCCAGGAGAUCUCAAUCGACUACACAAACUGCAACAGCACCGCGCCCCAAGUCCCCGUAAACUUCGACCCCAAUGCCGAAAACCCGCUCGACCCAAUUCCCGGCGGCAGAGUGUCCGCGACCUUCAGAUCCAAGGAAGACCCCCAGGCGAUGUGGGGUUGGGGCCGCGAAGACUACACUUUCGAAUCCGGCGUUGUGCAAGAGACAAACGUGUGCAUCCUCAGCUUCAACAUCCCGGAAGAUAUCAAGCCGCCGAUUCUGUUCUACUACCGCCUCACGAACUUCUACCAGAACCACCGCCGCUACGUCAAAUCCGUCGAUAUCCAACAACUCAAGGGCGAUGCCCGCAGUGCGAGCGACCUCAGCUCGGGCGACUGCUCGCCGCUGGACGUAGACUCUGAGACAGGCAAACCGUACUACCCCUGCGGUCUCAUCGCCAACUCCAUGUUCAACGACACAUUCAGCCAGUUGACGCUCGCCAACCCCGCGGGUGGAACAAAUGCCGGUGGCCAGAACUACACCAUGACUGUGGAGGGAACUUCGUGGAGCCACGAAGGUGAUCUCUACGGCGAGACAAAGUACAAGCCUGAGGAUGUUGUUCCACCGCCGAACUGGCAGGAACAAUACGAGAAUGGGCGUUACGGCGACAAGCUGCCGAACCUACAUACCUGGGAGCAAUUCCAGGUGUGGAUGAGGACCGCGGGUCUGCCUACCUUCAGUAAAUUGUACCAGCGCAACGACAAGGAUGUUUUGACUGCUGGUACCUACCGUCUCAAGAUCUAUGACCGCUACCCCGUCGACAAAUACAGCGGCACAAAAUCCAUCCUCAUCUCCACGCGCACCGUCAUGGGCGGCAAAAACCCCUUCCUCGGCAUCGCAUACCUCGUUGUCGGCGGUAUUUGCAUCUUGCUCGGAGCGGUGUUCUUGGCUACGCAUCUGAUCAAGCCGCGCAAGUUGGGGGAUCAUACGUAUUUGACUUGGAAUAAUGAUCAGCCUAGUAGUGCUACUACGACGGGACGGGCUGGUGGUGCGUAG